AUGGCAACAGCAAACCUCAGUCUGCCAACGACAUCCACUCCAAUAAUGAUCGGAGGUCAAGAAUGUGAUUUGACCCUUACGAUUGCAAAGCUGAAUUUCAAUGGUACAAACUACUUAGGUCUUGAGGUCAAAUAUAACCACUUUCUUCCUCCCGGGUGCUCUUGUGAAUACACGACUGAGGUCAAUGUGAUGAACAAAAAGUUCAUUCUAAAACAUUAUCGUUACAAAAACGAUCGGAUGUAUCUUCCGACGUUUAUGAAAUGGAACGAUGUGGUGAAUAUGAUGGAUACGGAGUCAUCGAUUCAUUGCUCUGCCCGAGUUAUCGACUUCAAACGAUUUGAAAGUGUGGAGCGGAUAAUUUCCAACCGUACCUACCACGGAACAAGUAAUUUGAGAAAUGUUAGCUGCGUUGAUUUGACAAUUGUAGUUGGGAGAUACAAAAUCAUGAUGAACAAAGAUUAUCUCAUGGCAAUGUCAGGAUUCUUCAAACAAAUUCUUCAAAACGCGGAUAAAUAUUCGAGACAUGACGAUCUUAUACUCACGGAGUCUAGAGACGACGCUUUUGUCACUCUGAUUGAUAUCUGUCAUCACAAGUUUUGGUGUAAUUAUCACCUGAAAGAUGACUUGUUGGAAAUCGCGAGACUCUACGAAGUUCCGUUUGUCGUUGAGUUUCACAGAAAAUUCUUUGAUGUGGACCCAGAGAUCCCACCGCUGAAUGCUGAUAAAGAAUUUUCGAUGGAAAGAACACUUGACAGGGAUCUCAGCAGACUUCUCACCCGUCAUGUUCGUCACAGCUAA